ACGCAGACGCUGUCAGUACACGAGCUGCUCUGCUGGUUGUUUAGCAGUAAAACAGGAGCUACAUUUGAAAUGAAGGAUGGAUGCAUGUGACAUUGAAAGAUUUAUUGAGAAAGAACUGGAAAAGCUGAAUGUGAAUCUUUUUGAAAGCGAUUCUGACAGUGACACAGAUAUUGAAGAGGAUUGUACUGAAUCGAAUGAAACGCCAGAAAACCACCUUCCUGACUCAGUGCUUGCCUUUUUUGAAGCUUCAGCUAACAGAUUAAAUUAUUUGGAGACACUUAUCCUUGUUCAUGAAGAUGAUACCACAAGCAAUCGCCUGCCUUGCUCAGGUCUUUGUAACGAUGUUCAAAAUGAACUGGACUCUAGUUCUGAUGAAGAUCCCACAAAGCUGAACAAAAGAAUCAUUUCUGAAAUUGAAGAGGAAAUAUGCCAUUCACAUGAAGAUAAUGAUCCACAUGAUGAUUAUGAAACUAACUGUGAUUCACACAAGAAAUGUGAAAUGCAGCUUCUUGUUGAGUGGCGAGAACUGGAGGAGAGACUGAGAAAAGAGGAUGAACAAAGGUUGGCUGAGAAAAAAGCAGAGAAGGAACACCAUCUAACCUCAUUCCGAGAAGAGAUGGACAUGAGGCAGUGUCGACGUGAAGAGUUUGAGAUGGAGCUAAGAGGAAUAGAACAAAUUAGUCUGUUUGGACAGUUUAAAGCUGUAGAAGGUGAAGAUCAGUUAAGUGAAAGUCUACAAGAUGAAAUGGUCAAACAACAGGAGAUAAUAAAGAGAUUGGAAGAGCAAAUUCAAGAAGAAAGGCAAGUUUUUGAGGAGGCUCAGCAGGAGCAAAGGAGAAAAACCGAGGAGCGACGCUGUAGAGCAGCUACAAAGUUACAGGCCGCUUUCAGAGGUAGGCUGGUACGUCGCUGGACCAAGAAUGAGCUUAACAAGAAGAGAGAAGAGGAGAAAAGAAACCAGGAAAAAAUUAAAGAGAUAGAAAGGAGGAAAGAGGCUGAGGAAAGGAUGAUGAGAGAGUGGGAGGAAAGCAAAAAAAGAGCGUCAGAGGUGGAGAGGCAAAAGAGAGAAGAAGCCGAGAGGAGAAGAGCCGAGUACGAAAGGGCCAAGGAACAAGAGCGGCAUCGCCUGGAGAGAGAAUGCAGCCUGGAGAUGCAGAGAGUGGAUCAAGAAAAUAAAAAAAGAAUGGAAGAGAGGAAAAUAGAGGAGGUACAGGAUGAGGUGAAGAAAGGAACAAAGGGGUCUGAGGCAAAGAUAAUUGAGGAAGCAAAAAUAAUCAAGGGUGAGGAGGAGAAAGGGACAGUAACGGAAGAGGAAAAACUGGAGGAGAAAAAAAGAAAAGUUGAAGAAGCAGAGAUGGUUGAUAAAGGAAAAAUAAUGGACGUGAAACAAAAUGUUAUAAAGAAGGAAAUCAUUAGAGAGAGUGAGAAGACAAAAAGGGACAGAGGAAAGAGCAAAAGACUUGAAGAGCAGAAAAUAGAGGACAAAAUAGUAAAUGAGGAGGUCUGUAUAGGAAAGGAAAUGGAAGAUCCACAGAUUGAGAAUGAAAGAAAAAGAGAGGAGAAAGAAAAGAGGAAAAGAAUAGAAACAAAAAUAAUGGAGCGUAUGGAACAUGAAGUAGUUCAGGAAAAGAAAAGAAAAGAAGAAGCAAUGAAAACUGAAAAUGAAAGAACGACACAGGAGGAGGAGGAAAAGCAGAAAUGGAUUGAAGCGAAACUAAUAGAGGAUGGUAAGAGAAGACUAGAAGAGGAGAAGAAUAACAUUGAAAUAAAUGAAAACAAAGAGGAAAAUGCAAACGGUAUAAGGUAUGAAAGAAAAAUAGUGAAGGAGCCGAAAAUAAAAGUAGAAGCAGAUGAGUGUAAAAGAAAAGAAGAGGGAAAUGCAAAAAGGAUUGAAGAUGAAGAAGAAAGAAAGAACGAAGAAAAAAGGUCAAGAACACAAGUGAAAAGAACAAAAGAAGAAAAUAAAAAUAUAAAUAUAAAGGAAAUUAAAUAUAAAGAAGAAUCAAAGAAUGCUAAAGAUGAAAGAAAAAUGGAGGUGGAAAAUCAGAAAAUGAUUAAAGGAAAGGAACUGCAGAAUGAGAAGAGAGAACCUGAUGUGGAGAUGAAAAAGAAUGAAUACCAAGAAGUAAUACCUGGUGAUAAAGAGAGCAACAUAAACAAUUUGAAAAUAACUAAUAUUAAUAAUAGACAAACCAAAGAAGAAAAGAAAACAGUUGCAAAAACUGCAACAAGUUUAACAAUGGAAGACGCGAAAGGACUGGAUGACCUGAAGGGAAAUCCAAAGACAAAAAGAGACAACAAAGAAAGUGUGAGAAAUUCUGAACUAAUGGAAAAGAAAGACAGAAAUCUGGACCACGUCCCUCAGCAACAUCUUUCUCAGCCAAACAUCUUAAACAGAUCUCUGUUCUCCAACAAUGGACAAGCAGAUCAGCUUGACCCAUGCAGAACUUCACAAUUUACCAUUACUAAUACCAAUAAUGACAAUGUUACAGUUGAAGAGGGAAACGAAACAGACAGACUUCAGGGUGACGCAGUCGAUUUGAUGGAGACUCAUGAAAAUAGUGACCUAAGUGUCCAGGGCUUGAGCUCUGCAUCUCUGCCAGACAGCACAGAGGGAAAACGUUUAGCCUGGAUGAUGAACUGUACUCCUUGGUCCAAACUAUCUAUACAGAACAAGAGAAAGAGGCCUUGUGAUCUCCCUAAAAAGAGGGGGUAUAGGAGAGCCUCAGUGCUUAAUCUGCCACCUUUACCUAUAGAAGCUGUGCUCAGGUCCGGGCCCUGGACUGCUCUCAAACAGGUGACAUCAGUAACUCUGGAAGAUCUGCCUGGUUGCAGUCUCUCUACACUAUCGGACUGUACCAGACUACAGUCUCUUAUCCUCAGGCGAUGUGGUCUUCAGGCCCUGGAAGGACUUAACCAAUGUUAUGAACUUCGACAUAUUGAUGUACAGGAGAACAGCAUCAUGUAUGUUGACUGUGGAGGUCUGACCAGGCUUGAGGUUCUGCUGUUGGGUGGGAACCAACUUACAAGCAUCCAUGGUCUGGAGGGUGCAGUUAACCUGUCUGUGCUGCAGCUUUCUCAUAACAACAUCUCCCGCAUCAGUGGUUUGGGAUCUCUUCAAAAGCUUCACAGACUAUCAGUUGAUCAUAACCAGUUAAUCAGCACAAAAGGGCUCAAAGACGUUUUCACACUUUUAGAUUUGGAUUGUUCCUAUAACCACCUCAGUCUUGUAGAAGGUCUGGAGAACUGUGCUCUCCUUCAUACUCUGAACCUGAGAGGAAAUAAUCUGACUGAGUUGCCUGUGCUGAAUAACCAUGUCCUGCUGAGGGAACUCUAUGUGGAUGACAACAGCAUCUCCUCCCUGAAGGGCCUGGACUCCUGCUGGCUGCCUCUCCAGCACUCGCUCUCAGUGGCGCAGAACAGUAUCACUCAUCUUCCACCGCUGGCGGACUUGCUUUCACUGAGGACACUAGAUAUUAGUUACAACUGUCUGUCAGAGCUGAGAAACAUUUGUAUGAGUCUUUCAGGAUGCACUCUUCUCCAGGACCUUAACCUCACUGACAAUCCUCUACAGCUGGAACACAACUGGAGGUCUUCUGUACUGGCAGCAAAUCUCAACUUAAUGAAGUUGAAUGGAGAGCAAACAGGAGUGUCUGGAUUGCUCUCUGAGGGAUCGACACAGAUCUGGAGCUUUCAGGCUCUCUGUCAGAGACAUCAGGAUCAGCUUGACUCAGUCCUACAGAGACACAGCUUGGAGAUCAGCUCGACUCCCUCCUCCCUGAAGGCUCAGCUCCUGCUCGGUAACCACAUCGCUGAGCUGUUCCAUUUGGCUGAAGAGCAACGUUAUGCUCAUGAGUAUGGUGACAGCUGUGUCUCUGGAACAACCACAACAGAACUUACUGCCCCCAGCUGCCUGCAUGAUUCAUCUGAGAGUGAAUCACCACAAGAGCAGAGUUCUCAGGCCAAGACUCGGCAGCCAGAGGAAAACAAGACUCAGAGUUGGCAGGAAUCACGUCUGCCUGGUUUUGGCCAGAAAUGCCAGCCUGAGUGUGCAGGUGACCCGUGUAUUGGUUGUGCCAGUAAUUUAAUAAAUCCAGCCCAGAACAUCAGAGGCAUUCAAGCAAAUGAAGACAAGGACGAGAAAAUGAUUAUCCAGGCUCCCAGGAUGCAUCUCAAAACCAUGGCAGCUACAGUGAUCCAGCGCUGCUGGCGUGACCACAGACAAAAGAGACGGAUGAGUCCUUCACGGCCACGUGCAAAGCCUCCUGGGAGAAUGGGUCCUCAAACGGCUCAGAGAUCAAGCAAAACAAGACCUCAGUCUCUUAAUAGAGUCCAAGCAGCCACUGUCAUCCAGGCAGUGUGGAGAGGAUAUGCACUACGGAGCAGGCUGGCUCGUGCACUUCUGCUGGCCAGGGUAUCGGAGGGUGAUGAGGCCUUUGAGGAGGUGGACAUGGAUGAAUUCAUUUUUAAUGAGGAGGCGAUUGAGAGUGACUGGAUGACUCCUGAUGCCUUAUCGUCCUCAGUGGUGCCAUGUUCAGUACAUCUGCUGCAGCCAAAGCCUCCUCUAACUGCAGUUUAUAAUGGUGUAACUGAGCAGCUGUGGAAGCCCAGACAGGCCUGGACUGACAAUGAUGGAACAAUGAUGGUGUCAGAGAAGAGUCUGUCUCCUGAUGCAAAUACCAGCAUGCAGUCUUCAGCAUCACCACUAGGACUCUGCAAUUUGUCAGAAAGAUCAGAGAAAAUACUUGAAGAAUGGGGCUUUAGCAGUGACUCCACCGCUCUCCUCAUGCUUAAAAGGGCUCAGAAAAUGAAGGCCAGAAAGCAGCAGCAUCAGAGAAAAUUACUCGACCCAGACGUUCGAUUGGCCCUAUUCAGACAUCACAGCAACCGCCCUGUGGCUGUGGAGCCCCCUAGGAAAUCUCAGCCUGAAUGCAGAAGUGAAAUUAAAGCUGGCAGAGGAAAAGUACACGCUCAGAAUACACUGACAGAACAGCCAGACGAGACGCAGAUGCAGCACAGAACCUACCAGUGGCUACAAAGCCAAGCCGCUCAGACUAAGAGAAACUCUGAGAGUGAUCAUUUCCUCCCAGAGAUUGAUCCUGAUAUUCUGAAUGGUGGAAGGGUUCAGCUUGUGGCUUGUGCAGGGUACACGGAGCGUUCACAUUCAGCAGCGAGGUCGUGGGUUGAUGGUUUUUCUUCACCUCAUGACCGACAGGCUCACUCUCGCUCACACUCAGCUGGACAUGCAAAGAAAGAAGUGCCGUCUCCUCAAAGAGUCACCUUGGCUCCAGCUAGGAAGGAGAGGAUCUCAUUCCGAAACAACCCGGUGCAGCUGAGUGGAGGCUGGGGAGGAGGGAAAAAAAGAGUUCAAGUGAACAAGAUAAAAUAACUUUUCUGCUCUAUGUUUAUAAGCAUGAUCUAGUCCCAAUGCCUUUGUUUUUAUGUACACCUAUGAAAGUAUGAUUUUUCAAAGAAUGAUAGAUGGUUUUAAAUAAGCCCUUAAAAGCCUUAAGAUUCACUUUUUAUCUCACUGCAGCUUCUGUUUCACUAAAACUAAGCUUCUUCCGCUGUAAAUUAAUUAAAAGCAAUAGAUGAGGUAUAGCCCAAAUAUCUGCAGGCGGUUCUGGGAUGAGUCUUAUUCUCAAAUAUCAGUGCAUUUCAUUUAACGGCGGCAGGCUGUGGAAUGGGUGGAAACCAUUUACAAAUGACACGGCUAAUAUUCAAACAACGGCCAGCAUAGGAAGCAGCUUUUUCUUGUUAUCUUCUACUUGGGGUUUGUUUAAUGGUUAAUACUUGGUUGACCUAUUGUAAUAUAAGAGAGUUUCUUUUUGUAUUGUAAUUCAGCAAUAAAUGCAGAUUGAAAUCGC